CUCGCGAAAAAUUGAGGUUGUGUUGGUUUGUUUACAUAUCUCGUGGUUGCACUUCGGUUCGUAAAUAUUCCUAGAAUUUUAGUGUACUUUCCUUUUAAAAUACAGUUUUAAUGAAAUGGUUCGCGUCAAAAACAGAUACAUUUUGAUUCAGUUCAUGUGCAACAAUCGAUCGGACACGGAUGCCUUCACGUUAACCUCGAACAACCUAACUAAAUUUUUGCGGGAAAAAAUCGAAAAGUACUACGGUGAGUUUGGACUGGCGAGCACCUUACGAUUGCACGUGAUUUAUUUCAACGAAAAGACCCGCCUCUGCAUCAUACAAACCCGGCAUGGUCCGCAUCGAUUCGUAACGAGUAUUCUGCCAUUGCUGACGGUGGCUGACACGGAAACUGUACGGUAUCGCACGCUCUACGUGGGAGCGACAUUACAACAAUGUCAAAAGUUCAUAGUACGGUACCAACAGGAGUAUGUGAAUAAAAUGAUUGGAAAUUACACAGGUGAAGCACAGCGGCAGCGUUUCGUUGAAGAAGUGACCAAAAUGAAGCAAAUAUAAGUGAAAUAAUAAAAAACAUAUGAACAUA